UUGAGUUUUCAUCUUUAAAAAAAAAAAAAAAAAAAUCCAAUCUCUCUGUCUUAAACGACUUCCACCUUCUCUUCACUUAUCAGUGUCAGAGAUACAUACAAUCUCCUAGUUCUAGAUCUGUGAAGACAUCUUCAAAAUUUCCUGUAACUUGUCUUUAUUUCUGUUGCAAGAAACCCAUUGUCUUCCCCUCCCCUAUAACUAAAAUCUAGGUCACACCUUGUUUCAGUAGUUACACAAUGAAGGCUCUUAUUCUAGUUGGAGGAUUAGGAACUCGAUUGAGACCACUUACAUUCAGCAUGCCAAAACCUCUUGUUGAUUUUGGAAACAAGCCCAUGAUUUUGCAUCAGAUUGAAGCUCUAAAAGCUGCUGGAGUUACUGAAGUUGUAUUAGCUAUCAACCACCAGCAACCAGAGGUGAUGUUGAAUUUUGUGAAAGAAUAUGAGAAGAAGCUUGAGAUGAAGAUCACUUUUUCCCAAGAAACCGAACCCCUAGGGACAGCAGGGCCUCUCGCUUUGGCUCGAGAUAAGCUUAUCGAUGAAUCAGGCAAACCUUUUUUUGUGCUGAACAGCGAUGUUAUCUGUGAAUAUCCACUGCUAGAGAUGAUUAAGUUUCACAAGAAUCACGGAGCUGAAGCAACAAUCAUGGUGACCAAAGUUAAUGAUCCUUCUAAGUACGGGGUGGUGGUUAUGGAGGAGGAAGCAGCUACAGAAGAAGAAGAAGAAGAAGCAAGAGUCAAAAGUUUUGUAGAGAAACCAAAACAUUUCGUGGGGGACAAGAUCAACGCUGGGAUAUACCUCUUGAACCCAUCAGUGCUGGACAGGAUUCAGCUGAGACGAACGUCGAUAGAGAAAGAGAUAUUCCCUAAGAUAGCUUCAGAGAAGAAGCUUUACGCCAUGGUACUACCCGGUUUUUGGAUGGACAUUGGUCAGCCUAAAGAUUACUUAACGGGUCAGAGAAUGUAUCUGGACUACCUGAGAAAAAAUGCGCCAGGGGAACUUUUAGUGUCGGGGGAUGGUAUCAUCGGGAAUGUUAUGGCGGAUGAGACAGCGGUUAUAGGAGAUCGAUGCUUGAUAGGACCUGAUGUGGUGAUUGGUGCAGGAUGUGUGAUUGAAUCAGGUGUGAGAUUGUUUGGUUGCACUGUGAUGAGAGGUGCUAGGAUCAAGGAACAUGCUUGUGUAUCUGAUAGUAUUGUUGGAUGGGAUUCGACUGUUGGAAGUUGGGCUCGUGUAGCUGACAUAACGGUUCUCGGUAAAGAUGUUCACGUUGCUGAUGCUGAGGUUAUACAAAUGUCUGUGAAACCAGAGAUCGUCCAGAAAGUAUGAUAGUGUGUGUGUGUGUGUUUUUCUUCUUAUUUAUUAUUAUGAUCAUCAUAUGUUUUUUAGAACCUCUUGACAGAGGUCGAGGUUUCACUUUCUUUGAGAGAUUUGCUUAGCCCUUUUACUCUAUAUUAGGUUGAUUAACUUCCUGGUUAACAUUCUUUUGAAUGCAUUCCCUUUGAGUAUGCGUAACAAUUAUUCUGAAAUUUUAAGAGCACAUCCUAGUGUUUAGUUG